UCAUGCGUUUGCUCUUGGCCUUCUUGGUUUCACCUUUCGAUCUGCUGAAAGUGGAGAGAUUCACAUUUCCCUUUCUUAUUUCUCCAAACCUCAGUUUGCUAGAUCCAUUCGUGAAACCCUUUGCUCUUCCUCUCUUCGUUUCCGUUUUACGAUCUGAUCCAGGAUCAAUCAAUACAUCCUCCACAAUUGAUUGAGAUGGCUCCAGGUCCAGAUCCGAACAGAGUUGGUGAUGGUGCGAAGCGGGAUGAAACUACGACCAAGGUUUCUUCUAAGGAUCCCAAGAAGAAGGAUGAUAAGAAAGAGGAAGAUCUGUCUGAAGAGGACUUGCAACUGAAGCAGAACCUGGAGCUCUAUGUUGAGAGGGUUCAAGACCCUAAUCCUGAACUGCAGAAGGCUGCUCUCGAAAGCAUGAGGCAGGAGAUCCGUGCCUCAACAAGCUUCAUGACGUCGGUUCCAAAACCCCUCAAGUUUCUCCGUCCUCACUAUGGAACUCUUAAGGAGUUUCAUAAAAAUAUGGUGGAGUCAAAGAAAUUGCUGGCUGAUAUACUAUGUCUGUCUUGGCACUGACCAUGUCUGCUGAGGGUCAAAGGGGGAGCCUCAGUCAGGACUCUAGGGCAAAAUAUUGGAGCCAAAGAUACAGCCUCAAGGAGACUUCCAGAAAAUUUUAGUAAAUAGUUAAUCUAGAUCUAGAUGAAGCUAUGGUGAAAGUUACCUCAAGGUGUGGAAGUAAUUCUAGAUCUAGAUGAAGCUACGGUGAAAGAGAUGAGAAAGCAAGAGGAGAUUGCUAAAGCCAAGCUAGCCAUGGAAAGGAAAAAGAAGCUGGCAGAGAAAGCCGCUGCUAAAGCUGCCAUAAGAGCUCAA